CAGUACAGACCGCCUAUAGUAUAAAUAUAAAUUCAAACCAUGCUUCAAGCACAUUCAUAUUCUGUUGUUAAAUAAGAUACAAAAACUUGAAAAAGAUGACUGCUUUCUGGAUAUUAAUUUUGAUCUUGAGCACCAUGUAUACAUUCAAAAUUGGUAGACGCUGGGUUACUGCACAAUCCCUCACAGAGUCACCAGUUUAUCAGCCUGAUAAAGAGCUCAGUGUGAAUAUCGGAGACUCGGCUACUCUACAGUGUUGUAUUUCUGAAAAUGAAGUCGGGAUGAUGGCCUGGUUUAAGCAACCAAACAGAAAAAAACCUCAGAGUAUAGUCCAGUUAUAUAAAAGUAUUGGAGAAACAUUUUACAAUGAAUCCCAAAAGUCUCAUUUUCAAAUAGAGAGAUCUUCAAACUGCUUCAAUUUGAUCAUUUUAAACAUCAUUCAGUCCGAUGAAGCCAUGUACUACUGUGCACGGAUAAGACCCAACCCUGUGUUUGGAGAUGGAACUUAUUUAAAAAUUAAAGGUGAUCAUGUUACUACUGCAUCAGAAACAUCUAAACCAGCUCUGUGUGAUAAUUCAUUGGUGUGUGAACCAACACUGCAUGGAAACAACAUUAACAUGAACACACACGAGAAAACAGUGCUCGGUUUGGGAACGGCUUUGGGUUUGUCCGCACUUCUGAUUUUCUGCCUCAUUUAUUUCAUACUGAGGAGAAGAAAAUUUAAUGCCUCUAUAGAAAAUUCUCCCGGAAUGAGGCAGGAAUCUGAAGCUGACCCGCUGCAUUAUGCAGCUUUACAGUUCUCUAAGAGGAAAUCCAAAGCUGAAAAAAGGAAAACUGGCUCAUCAGACGAGUGUGUGUACUCCGAUGUAAAGAAAGCUUUUAGAUAAUAUAAAUGGCUCUUAACACACGGUACUAUUACACAGUGAAAAUGUUUUAGCAAGUGAAAAUAUCUUGACUAUAGUGAAAUGUUAAUGAAAUAUUUAUCAUUAUGAGAUACAAUGAUGAUUAUUAAAACAACGUUUCUUCUUCAUUAAUUUCAAGCUUGAAAUUGUCUUAUUCGAUUGACAGGUUAAUUUAUUUCUAGAAAUAAAAUU